UUCUGUCAGUCCGCACGCGCCGCACCGACGGUCCACCGGUUCACUUCGACAGGACUCGAGUUUUCUAUUAUUUUCUAUUUUCACAGCUUCAUCAGGAUUCAUCUGUUUUUAUCAGAUAAGAAGUUCGGUGAAGAAACGAGAGAAUUGGGGAUUUUAAUAUUAUUAUUAUUAUUAUUAUUAUAAUUAUUAUUAUCAUCAUUAUUAUCAUCAUUAUUAUUAUCAGUAGUAGAAAUAUUUCUCUCUCUCGCUGAAACUCUGACUGAUUUAUUUAUACUUUUGAUUUUUGUCUCAGUUAAAAACUGAAUAUUAAAUAGUAAAAUAUUCAAAUCAGACUAUUAGAUAUUUGAUCCGGUUCUGGGGAUUUUGUGGGGGUCUCUUUUUGACCUCCUUAGUGGUUCCUGAGGCGGACUGUCCGAGUCCGGGUCUGAUCGGUCCUGAUGGCGGCGAACCGGGUGGGGCGGCGGGUGAAUAAGGUGUGUAGUACUCAGUCACCGAGCCGUGUCGGCAGGGGCCGGGAUCCGGGCCAGAGCCUGCAGCGGCGGCAGGCCCGGGUCACCGUCAAAUACAACCGGAAAGAGCUGCAGAGGAGGCUGGACGUGGAGAAGUGGAUCGACUGUGAACUGGACCAGCUGUACAGGGGCAGGGAGGACAAGAUGCCGGAGGAGGUGAACAUUGAUGAACUGCUGGACCUGAAGACAGACGAGGAGAGAAUACAGAGACUGCAGGAGAUCUUUCACUCCUGUAACAACACAGAGGUCUUCAUCAGUGACCUGGUGUUAAAACUUCAUGGUUUACAGAAGCAGGAGGAUCUGCACAACAACGGCAUCGACCUCCCUCAGCUCCACAUCUACCCCACCCGCUCCGGAUCAGCUGACAGGGAGAUGCUGCACUGAGACAGCAAGCGUAUCCAGCCACACCUGCCGCACCCCCCACACACUGCUACACCCCACCUACAACCUGGAGGCACUGGAGAGGAAAACAAACACACCUAAAGUCUGCAACCACCUAAACUGUCCUGAGUUUAUCCAAUCAAACGACAUGAAAAGCAUUAGAUGUUUAACACAAAGACUUAGUGGCUGCGGAGCUCAAAUCUCUCAAACACAAAUGAGCUAAAGGGACUUUUUGUUCCUGAGUUUACUUUCCUGGUUAGUCGCCGGGACUUUUUGGUAAAAAAAAUUAUAAACGAGAAGCCUGGUUCGACCAGGUUUCAGAGAUAUUCAAGCCAAAUGUGAGGUUUUAUUUUUGGUCACAAAAUCACUGUUUUUACACCAAACACUAAAUUUCCAGAGUGUUUCCACCCAAUCAGUGUUGGUCGACGUGUUUGAACUCCCUCAUGUGACGGAGCUGUUGUCCUUGUUUCUGUAUCAAACCUGUUUGCCUGCCUGUUUGCAGUGUAAAUACAGCACAACAAACAACAAAACUACAUCACAGCCAACAGACAGGUGAGGGGGGAGACAGACAGAUCACGGGUGAGACAGACAGGUGAGCUGAGAGAUAAGCUGCAGUUUAACAUUUAAAAACAAUGGAGAGUUUUAAUAAAACUCUGUUUUUUGACUAAUUUAACCGGCUUCAUGAGGACGAACUCUGUCUGAUUGAUUAUAGUUUGAUUUGAUCAUUUUAUCCCCUUUUAAAGAGCCUGAACCUUCAACAAAAUACAUUUCCCUACAUAUGCUUCUCCUGGUUCUGCUGUAUCUCCUGGAGUAUUGUUUGUACAUGAUUUUAAAUAAAUCUUUGCAUUUGAAA